UCCCCGCGGCAGCGGGAGCGGCCUGGUGACAGCGGCGGAAGUGGCCGGCUGGCUGUAAGAACGUAGGGUGGCGUGAACCGGAACCGCAGCCGCGGCCGACGCGGGCGUGACGCGAGGAGGCCUGAACGAGCCGCGUGUGCCGAGCCGCGGGCGCCCACGGGGCCGUGAGAAAGGAGAGGUUGCGGCCUGUCCCCAAGCUACCGCCGGCAUGAGCCACUUCCGGAUCCCGCCAGGGCUCACGGAGCUGCUUCAGGGCUACACUGUGGAGGUGCUGCGACGGCAGCCGCCCGACCUCGUGGAGUUUGCAGUGGACUACUUCACCCGCCUGCGCGAUGUUCGCACCCCGGCCGCCGCCGCCCCCUCAGGUGACUCCGAGCCCGAGCCUGACGCGGCCCCUGACGCCCAAGAGAGCAGCGACUCGGAGGUCGAGGAGGACCUGGAAGUUCCGGUUCCCAGCAGAUUUAACAGACGCGUAUCAGUCUGUGCAGAGGCUUUUAACCCUGAUGAGGAAGAAGAAGAUACUGACCCUCGGGUGAUUCAUCCUAAAACUGAUGAACAGAGAUGCAGACUUCAGGAAGCUUGCAAAGAUAUUCUUCUUUUCAAAAAUCUUGAUCAGGAACAGCUUUCUCAAGUCCUGGAUGCCAUGUUUGAAAGGACAGUCAAAGUGGAUGAGCAUGUGAUUGAUCAAGGAGAUGAUGGAGACAACUUUUAUGUCGUAGAAAGGGGAACGUAUGACAUUUUAGUAACAAAAAAUAAUCAAACGCGUUCUGUUGGUCAGUAUGACAACCGUGGUAGUUUUGGAGAACUAGCUCUGAUGUACAAUACUCCGAGGGCUGCUACCAUUGUCGCCACCUCUGAAGGCUCCCUGUGGGGAUUGGACCGGGUGACUUUCAGAAGAAUCAUAGUGAAAAACAAUGCAAAAAAGAGGAAGAUGUUCGAAUUAUUUAUUGAGUCUGUGCCACUUCUUAAAUCGUUAGAGGUGUCAGAACGAAUGAAGAUCGUGGAUGUGAUAGGAGAAAAGAACUAUAAGGAUGGAGAGUGUAUAAUCACUCAGGGUGAUAAGGCUGGCAGCUUUUACAUUAUGGAGUCUGGUGAAGUGCGCAUCAUGAUUAGGAGCAAGACUAAAAUAAACAAGGAUGCUGGAAGCCAGGAGGUUGAGAUUGCCCGCUGCCACAAGGGGCAGUACUUUGGAGAGCUUGCACUGGUCACCAACAAACCUAGAGCUGCUUCAGUAUAUGCAGUUGGAAAUGUCACCUGCUUAGUUAUGGAUGUUCAAGCAUUUGAGAGACUUCUGGGGCCCUGCAUGGACAUUAUGAAGAGGAACAUCUCACACUAUGAAGAACAGCUCGUAAAGCUGUUUGGGUCCAGCUUGGAUCUGACUGACCCUGGACAAUAGAUAUGCCGCAUCCCAGAGCCGUCUCAGUGACCAGAGCCUUCUGGUCAGCCACAGAACACAUACAGAAAAUAGACACGACAGAACUGUUCCUGCUGUUGCCACCACUGCUUUGAUUGCUGUGGUUUGGGGCAUUUAGAAAAUUUGAAGGUCAGCAUUAAAGGAUGAGCAGAGGUUUGACCCACACCUCCACUUUGCUUUGGAAAGCCCAUUAUUAAACCACUUGUAAUGAUUACUCCAACCCAGUUUUCGCAUCUUUGGUUUAGAAUGGCAUGUCUUUCCAACAAUUUAAGUGCCUGAUAUAAAGUCCAAAGUGUAAACAUCCUCCUUUCCUCUCUUGCUGCUACUCUUGCUUUUGGAAUUUACCAUAAAGUCUUCAGAAACCUGUUGUAUAACUGUAGACACCCUUCUCCCGUCUUUUUCAAGGGAAGAAAUGUAGCCUUCAGUCUCUUCAUCUGUCCUUUGAGAAAGUCCACAAUGUGUUCACAAUUGCUGCCUUUGGUUUUGUAGUAGAAAAUGGUAUCAGAUGUGAUGGAGCUCUCGGUCCACUGGCAUUAUUCGGCCUGCUAACAGCUUCACACAUUAUGGCUGUUUUCAAAUCCACGGUGAUGCUUACGGAAAGGCAUGGCAGGUUAGUAUUCCAAAGCAGACUGAGGUUAGUAGAACCCAUGUUAGAGCAAAAAUAAUUGAAUUCAGCACAUUUUACUAGUGGUAGAGAGCAAGGAAAGGUUUUCUGGGUUAGAGGUUUUUUUCUUUUGGUGAAUGUUUUGUUUAACCUCUGCAGUUUGUAUAAAUGAAUGGUCAUCCAUUUAUAAGGAGCCAGGGGUGGCCAUUUAGUUCAUUUGGUUAGAGCAUGGUGCCAGUAGAAGUAGCCCGGGUCUGGAGGUGCCAUUACUUUAUCUGAGCUAAGUACUUUCCUCAGUAGGUUCAGCUAUUUCUUGUUGCCAGUUGCUUCUACUAGCUAAUGGCAGUAUGCAGAAAAGUACUGCACAGAUAGCCCAUUCCUUCUCCUUGAGUUGUUGCAUAGUUUGGUUGUUGAACUAUCAAUUUUUGAAUUCUUUAGAAGCUUUGCUUUGCUCUUCUCUUUUAAGAAAGUAUUUCUUGGCUGGGUGUAGUGGAGGACACCUGUAGUCCCAGCACUCAGGAGGCUAAGGCAAGAUUUCUGUGAAUUCAAGGCCAGCCUGAACUACAGAGUGAGACCCUGUCUUAAAAAAAAAAAAAAUUUUUUUUCUCUGUUGGGGAAUGCCCCUUGGGAUGUAUUUAUCUAUAUGGAGCUUGUCAGCUGCCUCAGCCAUUCAUUCUAAAGUUCAACUCUGUGUUAGUUUCUAAAAAUUGACAUCAUUGGAACUGGGGAUAUAGCUCAGUGGUAGUGUACUGACCCAGCAAGCGUGAGGCCCUGGAUUCAGUUCUCAGCACCACACAAAAGAAAACAAAAGGCAUCAUUUACAGUUUCAUAGAAUUACUGUGAAGAUCUUUUUAAUUAAAUGUUGGGACAUGUGGGGCUCUAAUUGCUCAUCUGCAAAGACAGUAAUUUAACCUGCAUUUAAAACAUUUGUAAACUUUUAAUUUUAGCAGGUAAAAUUUAAUGAAUUGUCCUAAUUAGCUGUAUUUCAGAAUGAUUUUUUUCUUCAGAAUGAUUUAGAAUGAGAUGCUACAAGAGAUCCAUGAAGUAAGACUCUUUCAGACUACCCUGGGUAACCUGUGUUGGAAUUCUCAGAAUCAUGAAAGGUUGUAUGUAACUAAUACUCCAAAACAGGGAGCUGGCACUGGGAAAGCACAUGUGGUGAUCUCACAUUUUCCUAAGGUUCUUCUUUUCUAUGGUGUUGCUUUAUUAUCAAGUAAAUUGAGAAAGCAGGUCUUGUACUUUAAAAGAUAAGAACCACACCUGUUUCUUGCAAAGAUAGCAGGUGCACUAGGAUUCAAGAGUGACCCAGAAGUCCAACCUCAGACCUUGUUAGGACUGUGUUUGAAUGCUGAGAAGAUGCCCCUUGCCACUUCUUCAUGCCAGCAUUGGUUAGGGUGGUCUGAAUCCUGUGCCAGUUACUGGUAGGUAGGGACCUUCUCACAAGUCCCACUAUGUCUUUCCUUUCACAAAGCCAUCCUUGACACCCUGACACACUGAUGGUUACCAUUUUACAGGUUAGAAUUCAUCAUGUUCAUGUCCUGCUGCUCCAACUCCAAUGGACAUAGGCUUAUCAGUUCAGACCCUCACUGCAUGUGAGUCCCCUGGGUCAGAGGAGUGAGAGAGUGGCCCCCAAGCUUGAAGGAAGCAUUAAAGGGAGCAGCAUGAAUGGGAAAGAGCAAACCCAUUACCAUAGUGUUCCAGUUCCCUUUGCAGCUUGGAGAAUCAGAGGUAACAGACUGAGUUUGACUGAGGCCUGAGGUAUCCCCAUUGUGCCAAGCGAGCCUGGCACUGACAGCUGAGCCUUGCAGGGAGGAAUGCAUGUUGGAAAGAGAUUCCUUUGUUGUUUCAUGUUUUCUUCUAAGGGUUGGAGCUUUAUGCCCUCCUUCCUAUCUUUGUUGUUGAUUUUGGAUGGCACAAUGUUUCUGAUAGGCUUAGGCUUAAGGUCCAACCUGUAGUGUUUUCCUUCCUUUUGGCCCUGUUUUUCUUACACUCUCUUGGCUGAAUUUUCUGAAGGAAAGUUUUGUGUGUUCUUGUCCUCUUGGUUCAUAGUCGUCAUAUAGAAUUAUAUUGUAUAUAAUUGCUAUAUAGUCUCAGAAACCGGAAGAGAGCUUUUCUUUGAGCAGCUUAGUGAGUGAAUUCAGCAGCAAAGUGGGAAGUAGUCCACCAGCCAGGAGAGAUGGUGUUUGUCCCAAGUGCCCAGAUUCUGGGCAGGGCACAAUGGACACAGCGUGUUGUGUUGUGUCACAGAGUACAAUCUGCUUAGAAAAAGUGGAAGCAUUUUGCAUAGAGACAAAGGAAAGGGACCCACAAAUGUCAUCUUUUAUCUUUUGUUUUCAAUGGGCUGAUGUUGGAAUUUUUGUUUUUGACAUGUAUUUGUAAAAUCAAUCUUACCAAGAUACAAGUUGUUUUGAUUUUUCACUAUUAUUACCUCUUCUUCCUCCUGUCUUGACUGCUGAUGUUCCUUAGUGAUUGUAAUGUCGAUUUUAUGGGAAGCAGCCUUUCCAUGGGUUUCCUUUACACACUGGCAGGGCUAUCUUUAUACUUAAAAAAAUAGUAAGAUAACUGUCACUAACUUCAUGGCGGAUUUGCAGAAAAUCAUUUAGCCCACUGUGAUUGAAGGGUAGAGCCUUCAUUGUUUUUUAAAGCUUGUAAUAAAUGAUACCUAAUUCAGCAUUAUUGUGCUACCUCAAGGGUAAAAAUGUUUUAAGGUUAUUUUGGUCCUAAGUUCUACAUACAGUGUUUGAAAUGUCUUUCAAUUGGAGUUAUUUUUUAAGUCAUUGGGGUGAAUCUUGUUUUAACCUGUUUUAACUUGUAUUUUAAUCUCAGAAGAAUGAUUGGAAAGCAGUUUUUGUUUUAUGGUAUUGAACAUAUUUAUAAUUAAAAGUCAUUAAGAAUUAAAUCAUUAUUUGCCAUAAACAAAGUUGGAAUUUUUAAAAAGGAAACUCUAGAGCUUGGCUUCACUCUCGGUUAAUAAAGGCUGACAAAUCAUUAAAAAAACCCUGAACUAUAGACUUUAGAUGUGUAAUCUCCAUUUGUUCCAGGGCUUACAAAGUUUGGAUAGGCAUAAAGGAGUCCCAGUAGCAGAGGCUCCAGGUAGGCCAAUAUCGUGUGGAUGAAUGAAGCAGAGGUGAAUCUCAGAACACCAGAGGUACCCAGGGAGUACUGAGUCCUUAAGGAGACCAGACUAGAUGGUGACACUGGCAGCUGGAAUUGGGAGAGAAAUGACUGAAAUCAGCUUUCACACUUCCUCCUGUUCACAAGUCCUAUCCCCCCCCCCCCCCCCCGCUGCCUUUAAAGUGUCAAGAAUGAAAUUUCUUCCCUGGAAAUUCAAUAAGAAUUUGGAUUGAAGGCAGUUUGAAAAGGUUUUGACCUAGAUUGUGAUUGAAAUAGUAAUACUUGAGUUUGACUGUAGGUGUACUAAAGUAGGCCAAUGCUUACCAACUUUUAUUUUCCAGCUGUAAAACAGAAAUAGGACUUGUAAAAGUGAAAUGGAUAUUGAUGCCAAAAUAAAGAUAUGACAUUUUUACUGAUA